AUGCACGCCCACCAAAAAAAGCGCUCAGCCUCCAACGAGCUCCCGCUCUUUGCCUCUCGCACAGCAGGUGCAGGCACAGGCACAGGCGGUCACAUCUCCUCCUUCUCAACAGCCUCCUCACUCUCCCGGCAGCCGCUCGCAGGCAGGGGCCCAGGCUAUGCAUCCCUAACCCACCAACAGCGCGACGCCUCUCCCCCGGCCUCCGCUUACUUUUCUGGCUUCUCAGGAUCAGAGCAGCAGCCCACCGCCUCUGAGGACGCCAGCGCACACUUUGCGUAUAGCACUACUCUUAGACGACAUAAUACUCUUACUAUUUCUGACUCGGGACAUAUGUCUGGUUCUGCUGCGGGACCUUCUUCUGCUUCUUCUGCUUCGUCUAAGCUACGCUCGCUGGCACGGAUUGUUAGUAACGAGGGCGUGGAAUUGUUGGGACGUGUUAUCUCUGGUAGACCUUCCACCGAAGCAUACCGAAUGGAAGAAGGUUUGAUGAUGAACGGGUCUGCGAAUGUUAAUGGGCAUGUAGAGAAAAGUACGGAGGAGACGCCAUCAUCUAUCCAUGCACACACAACAGUAGAGGACAUAGCAAGCCACUUCAACACAUCACUCACAGAUGGCCUUUCCUCCAGCGCUAUCCCACCUCUCCGAGAAAUUCAUGGCUACAACGAGUUCUCCGUCGCCGCUCCCGAACAUGUCCUCAUCAAAUUCGUCAAAUCGAUAUACGAGCAACCGCUAAUUCUCUUGCUUUUUGGGAGUGCUGUUGUGUCCGCUGUGAUGCAUAAUAUAGAUGAUGCGGUUAGCAUUACGAUUGCCAUUCUAAUUGUCCUUACUGUCGGCUUCGUACAAGAACGGCGGUCGGAAAAAUCACUAGAAGCGCUAAACAAGCUAGUUCCGCACUAUUGCCAUCUCACCAGAGACGGCCAAACAACAAACAUCCUCGCAAACGAACUCGUACCCGGUGACCUAGUCACAUUCUCAGUAGGAGAUCGGAUACCUGCAGAUAUCCGACUUACGACUGCUGUGGAUUUGGAGAUUGAUGAGAGCAGUUUGACGGGGGAGACGAAGCCUGCUGUUAAGAGUAUUGAGGCUGUUUCGCGUGGGACGGAACAAGCGAGAACGGGUGAUACGGUUGCUCUUGCUGAGAGGACGUGUAUUGCGUAUAUGGGUACUUUGGUUAGGAAUGGUCACGGAAAGGGAAUCGUGAUUGCUACUGGUGGACAAACGGAGUUUGGGGUGAUCUUUUCGAUGAUGCAGGAUGUCGAAGAAAAACGCACACCGUUGCAGCUUAACAUGGACGAACUAGCCAAGAAGUUAUCUAUGUUCUCUUUUGGUGUUAUUGGCGUCAUAUGCGUCAUUGGGAUCUUACAGAAGAGACAUUGGUUGGAGAUGUUUACUAUUGGAGUAUCCCUUGCUGUGGCUGCUAUACCCGAAGGUCUCCCCAUCGUAACGACCGUUACGCUCGCUCUUGGCGUUUUGAGGAUGUCAAGACGGAACGCGAUUGUCAAAAAGCUACCUUCUGUGGAGGCGCUUGGGUCUGUUAGCGUGAUUUGUUCUGACAAGACAGGGACGUUGACGAAAAACGAACAAACUGUCAUUGAGAUCUACACGGUCGACGAGAUGAUAGUCGUCGAGAAUGGGAAUGGGAAUGGUCUGCCGCCUAAUACUAAGUUGACUCCCACUUUGAGGAAGGCGCUACAAGUUGGAUCGGUAUGUAAUAAUGCACGAGAGAACGAAUUGGGUGUAUUCGUGGGGCAGUCCACCGAUGUGGCGUUGAUAAAUGUUUUGCGAAUAUUUGACUUGUCGGACCCGCAACCGGAAUUCAACCGCCUCUCAGAACGUCCGUUCAACUCCGAGCAGAAGUACAUGGCUGUGAGCGGGUCCUUUAUGAAUGACCCCGAUACUCGGGAGCGGUGUUAUAUGAAAGGUUCUUUGGAAUCAGUGCUCGACCGAUGCAAGUUCUACUACGUUUCAGACGACGCAUCGCCUGCUCUUGACACCACUUUGCGGAACAUGAUCCUUGCAAAGGCGACGGAGGCGGCAAGUCGUGGGUUACGAGUCAUCGCACUUGCGUAUGGUUUCGGUUCAGUUGAUACCCUCGAUCAGACUCAAAGUCUGGUAUUUGUCGGGUUCCAGUGUAUGCUUGACCCACCGCGUCCGGGAGUUGCAGAUUCGAUCGCGGCAUUACAAGCUGGAGGUGUACAUGUUGUGAUGAUAACUGGUGACGCAGAGCAUACUGCGUUGGCAAUCGCGAGACAGUUGGGUAUGAUUGUGCCUUCUGGAGGUGCGGGGUGCGUGACGGGAACUGCGAUUGACCGGAUGUCACCUGCGCAAUUGAGAGAUCGAAUUGGGAGUGUUGCGGUGUUUGCGAGGACGACGCCGAGGCAUAAGAUGGCGAUUGUGGAAGCGUAUCGGGCUCGUGGGGAUGUUGUAGCGAUGACGGGCGAUGGGGUAAACGACGCCCCUGCACUCAAAAUGGCCGACAUCGGCGUCUCAAUGGGCAAAAGCGGUACAGACGUAGCGAAAGAAGCAGCAGACAUGAUCCUCGUCGACGAUAACUUCAGUACAAUUCUCUCCGCUGUAGAAGAGGGCAAAUCGAUAUUCUAUAACAUUCAAAACUUCCUUUCGUUUCAGUUGAGUACGGCUGUCGCGGCGUUGACGUUGAUUACGAUGAGCACGAUGUUUGGAUUGCAUAAUCCGCUUAAUGCAAUGCAGAUUUUGUUUAUUAAUAUACUUAUGGAUGGCCCGCCGAGUCAGUCACUUGGUGUAGACCCGGCGGAUCCUGCUGUGAUGAGAAAACCACCUCGGAAGAAGGACGAAGAAGUGAUUAGUAGACGGGUAGUUGGAAGGGUGGUGUUCUCUGCGUCUGUGAUCGUGUUUGGUACGCUCUUUAUCUAUGCGACUGCCCUUGGCGAUUCACGGAUAUCAAGUCGGGAUCAGACGAUGACAUUCACAACCUUCGUCUUCCUCGACCUCGUCUCCGCACUGCAAAACCGAGGACUCGGAUGCCACCUAACUCAAAAUAAAAUGUUAAUCACAACAGUCGGGAUUUCCGUCCUAGUCCAACUCGCACUUGUAUACGUUCCGGUAAUGCAGAGGGUGUUUCAGACGACUGCGUUAGGUGGAGCGGAUGUGAUUACGCUUGUGAUGUUGAGUGGGACGGCGUUUGUUGUGCAUGAGAUGAGGAGACGGUAUGAGAGGUGGUUGAAUGCUAAUGGUGAUUUGGGAGGGGGGAUUGUUGGUGGAGUUGUUUGAAUGAAGUGAAUGACUUACUCCUGCUGCUUUCCGACCUGUUCAUCCUUUAUAUUAGUGGUUUUGAUUGAUUGUUCGUUCGUUCAAGUGCAUUGUGUGAUUUGAUAGAUUGAUGGGGAAUGGACCUUUUUCUGUGUAAAUAUUAUACAUGUGCAUAUAUACUAUAAACUAUAGUUUAGUUUAGAUCUGAACAAUGUAGAAG